ACUAUUGGUUGAUAAUGAACUUGAUACUAGGUAAUGUUGUGGAUGCACAAGCUUGGUAAGGCAGUAAGCAAGCUCGAUAACUGUAUUUUGAUAACGAGCUGAGCUGCCGAGGCACGUGGCCCAUCCUAAAUAUAGUGUGUGACACUGGGGUUAGUAUGCUCGAUACACAUGGAUACGUGGCCACUUGCUUAGAGUGAAUAGAAAAACCCGUCAUGGAAAUGGCCGGUUGGUCGUCGUCUAUGCUGCCUCUAUGAGAGAACCAUCAGCAAGGUCGUGCUGCUUCUUCACAGAUUACUUCUUGCAGCAAUUGCUUUUAGCUGGCCAAUUGGAGCAUGGAACCAGAUGCAACAUGGGUGCCUUGCGACGACUUUGAGCUAGCCCAAUACUGGAGCAUGACACCAGAUGACUUUCAGCUUGCCAACUGGACAGAGGAAGAAGAACCAGCAGCAUGGCCUCAUGGACUCGCCAUGGAUUCUACCGGAGCACAGCUUGUUGAAUAUGCAGAAGCAGCGACACCGCCGAGCGAUCUGAUCGAGAACACAGCGCAAGAUCUUGAGGUUGAUUUGCACAACAUGGUACUGAAGAUCCAUACUGACCCGAUCCACGUGUUCGAGAAAGCCGCGUGGGAGUUCAAGGUCGACGUGGACAUGAUGAAGAUGAAGAUCCACAGGUACCCUGCGAGCAUCCGAGCUCUCGGCGAGCUCUACACCGUGCCGACGACGGUGGCCAUCGGUCCCUACCACCACGGCCGGGACCACCUCAAGCCGGUGGAGAAGGUGAAGCACGUGGCCGCGUACCACUGCAUCAGGGAGUCGGGGCGCUCGGUCCAGGAGAUGUACGACGCGGUCGUCGCCGCCGCCGGCGACGCGCGCCGCCUCUACGACGGCGGCACCGUCGGCGACGAGGGCGAGUUCCUCCCCAUGAUGUUCUUCGACGCCUGCUUCCUGGUGCAGUACAUGCUGACGUGCACCCGCGCCGGGCACGCCCAGAUGGACCCGGCGCUGCGGAGCUUCUUCGACGCCAACGACAACGACGUGUACCGCGACAUCACGCUGCUCGAGAACCAGCUCCCGUGGCGGGUGGUCGAGGCCGUCAUGGCGUUCAGGCCCGUGCCGUUGGUGGAGUUCGUCGCGUCGUUGAGAGGCUGCCUCCAGGACCGCAAGGUCCAGGACUCCGACGAGGAGCGCUUCGCCCUCGACGACGGCUACGAGCCGCCGCACCUCCUCGGCCUCCUCCGGUACUACAUCGUCGGGAGGAGCGCCGCCGGCAAGCUGCCGGCGCUGCCGGAGACCGACGCGAUCUCGUUCUCCGUCAGCACCAUCGAGCUCGCCGAGAUCGGCGUCACGCUGACGGCGAACAAGGCCACCGAGCUCAUCCACAUGGGGAUCAAGAAGAAGGGGAACCUCUUCGCCGAGCUCUCGCUGGCGCCGCUGUCCUUGGACGACACCCGCGCGUGCCUGCUCGUGAACAUGGCGGCGCUCGAGCUGUGCACGACGUCGAGCUUCCAGGACGCCGACGACGAGGAGUCCGCCGUGUGCUCCUACCUCCUCCUCCUCGGCAUGAUCGUCGAGAGGGAGGAGGACGUGCACGAGCUUCGAAGAAGACGGCUCCUGCAGGGAGGAGGAGGGCUCACGAACAAGGAGGCCCUCGACUUCCUGGCGAGCCUCCAUGGCCUGCGCCUCGGGUCGCGCUACGUCCGCACCAUGGAAGAGAUCGAGAACUACAAGGUGAAGAGGAAGACGAGGACCAAGGCGCACUCGUUCGUCUACAGGAACAGGAAGACCAUGCUCGCCGUCUUCUCCGCCGUUACCGCAGUUGUAGGGAUCGUAGGGACGCUCAAGUCCCUCAAGAUCGUCCAUUGAUGCUGUGUCAGAGAUGUUAGUUCCAACCUGUUAUUACAUUCGAUCCUCGGUAAUUAAAAUUAUUCAUUGUAUCUGAUAAUUAAUCUGAAUGACAGUGGCAGUAACAUUCUGAUUCUUCA